AGAAUUUUUGUUUGGAUCUGUUUUCGAAGCUAAACCGACGCGUAAAGCGCGCCACGGAACACGGUCCGGCUCGCAAAGAUGUCCUCGGCCUGGAUGAAGUUAUUCACCAAUGCCAGCAUUCCGUCGCAGGCGGCCGCUGGGUACGCCAGUGUUGAGAACCGGAUCCAGAAGGACAUGCUGAUGGAUUUGAACAAAGAGUACCUGCCGGAGAUGGGCAUCACGACGAUGGGAGACUUUAUUGCCAUCCAGCGCCACUCGAAGACGGUGUGCGACCAGAGUGCCCGCGACCGGGUGCUAUCCUCGCAGUCGGCAGUCGUCGAGAAGCCAGAACUGCUGGAACACUUAACCACUCUGGUUCCGGUGGCGGCGGUUUCCGCCACGCUGAGCAACCCACCCAAAUCGUCGGUGUUCCGCCCCAGCUCGGCGAAAUCUCUGCCGAACAAAUCGCGUAAUGGCUUUUCCGAGAACAAAAUCACACUUCCGGCUGGCGGCGGAUCUUCCACGAACAUUGUGCCCACCAUCAACGAGAGUUCGGACAAGAAGGCAUCGCUGGUCGGUAGCUUAGGCAAGCGGAGUGCCGUCUUCAAACGGCUCGAGUGCAACUCCAAUGAAGACGAAGAGGAGGAUGGAGAAUUGGACGUCGACAUUGACGACGCCGGAAACGGACGGAAAUCGCCGAAGAAGAUGGCCUCGAAGGUCAUGCUCAAGGGUAUCGAGGCGCUUGGGAAGAGAAGUGCCAGUUCCGGAGGUUCAAUCUUUUCGCGGCUGGGCGAGAAGAGCAACCAGAGAGAGCAGAGUGACGGAGCGCCCGCCGGGAUACUGAAGAAGUCGCCGCAACAACCCACCCGCAAACUCCCUCUCAAAAUCCAGAACGUCACUCUGUUGAAGAAGAUCCCUGCCAAGACGGUCACGGCAGGUGACGACCAGUCGCGCUCCUCGCGACGGCGCAGUUUUGACCGCAUGAACUCGGACGACGAGCCGGCCAAAUCCGUAUCCUUCUCGAAGAGGGACGAAGUGCUCGAAAUCGAAUCCCAUCCCAAGGGACUCAUCAGCCCCACGGCGCGGAUACGCUUCCAGGAUCGGGAACUCCCGGUUUGGGCACGCCUAGGCGGCGGUGGCGCUCACUUCCCAGCCGGGAAACGUCGAUCGCCCUUCCCAAACCAACAGCUAACGGAGGCGUUGAUCUCCGGGUCCUCAUCAGGAACAACCGAUGGCUUCCUCUUGCUCCCCCCGUUGGGAGGUCGAUCAAAAGCUCCAGGAGAUUUAACCAGGCAGACUUAUACAGCUUUAACCUUCAUCGCCCCAAUCCGUGACUCAGAUGCAGUCCGUAAGUAG